AGAGUGAGAGGGAGAGGCGGAGGGGAAGGGGAAGGAGCGGGGAAGCAGCCCCGGCGGCGGCGGCAGGAGGAGGAGGAGGUGGCGGCGGCGAGGAGGAGCGGGGAGCCGCCCGGGCAGCAUGGUGAUGGCCGAGCCCCGGCGGCUUCCCCCUGCUGCUGCGGCGCUGCUCUUGCAGCCGCCCCGCGGAGGGUCGGGCCCCGUCCGCGUCGGCUUCUACGAGAUCGAGGGCACCCUGGGCAAGGGCAACUUCGCCGUGGUCAAGCUGGGCCGGCACCGCAUCACGCGGAGCGAGGUGGCAAUAAAAAUCAUUGACAAAUCCCAGCUAGAUUCGGUGAACCUGGAGAAAAUUUAUCGUGAAGUGCAGAUAAUGAAAAUGUUGGACCACCCACACAUUAUCAAGCUUUAUCAGGUAAUGGAGACCAAAAGCAUGUUGUACCUUGUGACAGAAUAUGCCAAAAAUGGAGAAAUAUUUGAUUACCUUGCUAACCAUGGCCGUCUGAGUGAGUCGGAGGCCAGGCGGAAAUUCUGGCAGAUCCUCUCCGCUGUUGAAUACUGUCACAGCCGUAAGAUUGUGCACCGUGACCUCAAAGCUGAAAACCUCCUGCUUGAUAACAACAUGAAUAUUAAAAUAGCAGAUUUUGGAUUUGGCAACUUCUACAAACGCGGUGAGCCUCUGACAACAUGGUGUGGAAGCCCCCCAUAUGCAGCCCCUGAGGUGUUUGAAGGCCAGCAGUACGAGGGUCCGCAGCUGGAUAUAUGGAGCAUGGGUGUAGUUCUGUACGUCUUAGUAUGUGGAGCACUGCCUUUUGACGGACCUACACUGCCCAUCCUGAGGCAACGGGUUCUGGAAGGGAGGUUCCGGAUCCCUUAUUUCAUGUCUGAAGAGUGUGAGCAUCUUAUCCGGAGGAUGCUGGUCCUGGAUCCAUCCAAGAGGCUGACAAUUGCUCAGAUCAAAGAGCACAAGUGGAUGCUGGUAGAGGUUCCUGUUCAGAGACCUAUUCUCUAUCCCCAAGGACAAGAGAAUGAGCCAUCAAUUGGAGAGUACAAUGAACAAGUUCUGCGGCUGAUGCACAGCUUGGGAAUAGACCAACAAAAAACCAUUGAGUCCUUGCAGGACAAGAGCUACAACCACUUUGCUGCUAUCUAUUACUUGCUCAUAGAGAGGCUCAAGUCACAUCGCAGUAGCUUCCCCGUGGAGCAGCGGCUCGAUUCCCGCCAGCGACGACCGAGCACCAUCGCUGAGCAAACAGUCGCCAAGGCCCAGGCUUCCAUAGCUCCCGUCAACCUGCGCCCCCAGAAUGUCAGGCUGCUAAGGUCUCCUGGCCUCCCACCAACUUCCACUGCUGAAGCUUUCUCUUUUCCCCCUUCCGCCUGCCAGGCAGAAUCGGCUUUCAUGGAGGAAGAGAGAAUUGACACGCCAAAGGUGAAUGGCUGCCUGUUGGAUCCCAUUCCCCCAAUGAUGGGAAGGAAAGGAUGCCAGUCCCUGCCAAGCAGUAUGAUGGAGACUUCCAUUGAUGAAGGGAUAGAGACAGAGGGAGAGUCUGAAGAAGAUCCUGCUCAAGCAUUUGCAGCCCUGCAAGCCACUCGCUGUGGAAAGAGGCGUCACACUCUGGCAGAAGUAACCAAUCAGCUGGUUGUCAUGCCGGGCACAGGGAAAGUCUUUUCCAUGGAUGAGAACCAAUCCUUGAGCAGCGUCGACUCUGAAUAUGACAUGGGAUCCAUCCAGAGAGACCUCAACUUUCUAGAAGACACUCCUUCCCUGAAGGAAAUGGUACUUGCCAAUCAGCCAGCUCCUAGGAUGACGCCUCCUUUCAUAGGCCUGAGGCCCGCUAAUCCCGCCAUGCAGGCUCUGGCUUCCCACAAACGAGAGGCCCACAACCGUUCCCCUGUCAGCUUCCGAGAGGGGCGCAGAGCGUCAGACACAUCCCUAACGCAAGGAAUUGUGGCAUUUAGGCAGCACCUUCAGAACCUAGCCCGAACCAAAGGAAUCCUGGAGCUUAACAAAGUCCAGCUGUUCUAUGAACAGAUGAGGUCAGAAGAUGAGCCUGCCCUGGCCUCCACAUCUCCCCAUCUGCAAGACCUCAGGAGUGGUCCCCAGCAGGAGGAAACACCCCAACAGCAGGAAGCUGCCUCUGCUUUUGCUAACGGCAUCCAUCCCCAGUUGCUCUCCAGGCGGCAGAGCUUAGAAACGCAGUACUUGCAGCACAGACUCCAGAAGCCCAGUCUGCUUUCAAAAGCCCAAAAUGCCUGCCAGGUUUUUUGCAAGGAAUUACCCCGGAGCCUGGAGCAGCAGUUACAGGAACACAGGUUGCACCAGAAGCGGCUGUUUCUCCAGAAGCAAUCCCAGCUGCAGGCGUAUUUCAACCAGAUGCAAAUAGCGGAGAGUACCUAUCCCAGACCAAGCCAGCUGUCCCUCACAUGCCACGAGGAGCAGCAGCCACCACCCCCUCCCCAGUUCAGUUUGGUGCAGCCCCUGAGCCCCGUCAUGGAGCCCUCUGCAGAACAAAUGCAAUAUGACCCUUUCCUUAGCCAAUACCAGAAGCUUCAACUUGACCAGCCACCCUCACCCCCGAUCCACGGUUCCUCUCGAUUGCCGUCGCAGAUUCCCCUGCAACAGCAGCAGUAUCCCUAUCAGACUUGCGAAUUGCCCGUUGGCACCUCGUCUGAACCAGACUAUGCCAGCCAGCAUCAAUAUCCCCUGGGCCCAACCCAGCAGAGCAGUGUAGCAAUGACCGACAGCCGGCAGAGUUCAGACCCUCCUGGGUCCCAGUCUAACUAUGAGGCGUUAGGCCUGGUGGAGCUGCCGGGGCUCUUUGAUUGUGAAAUGAUGGAGACUGUUGACCCCCAACAUGGUGGCUACGUCUUGGUGAACUAGCAAGUUUUGGAGUGUUGUGGAUGGAAGGUGGAUUGUUUGAAGUGAAGGACGGAAAUGCAUGUGGAUUUCCAUGUAAGUCCCAUCCCUAAAAUUCGUGGUUUGUGACCCAACCCUUGACCUUAACAGAUGACUAUACAAACCCUCCUAAAUUGGUACUAGCAGGGAAAUGACUGAGCAUCACUUGCUCUGCAAUGAAACUCGAUGGCAGGGGCUGUGGAGGCAAGGUACUGCACUUUCGAUAGAAGAGGAGACUACUUUGAAAGGAAAGAGGCGACACACUUGCAGGGAAGAAGGAGAUCUGCAAACCAUGCAGCCCCUGUCGGAGGAAGCCUGGAAGGGAUCAAGAAGAGUAGCGAACAUGGGGAGACACCAUGCUACUUGGCAAUAAAAGCAAUACAUUUUUCCAUUGGAACGCUGCAAAGUUGUGCGCUGAUAUUGAAGCAAAUCAGGAACGUAGCAUGCUGGGGAACUUGACUGCAGCUGAUCCUCAGAGGACUCACGUGGCACCUCUCACAAUCUCCACUUUCUUCUGUGGACUCUCUCCAGGAAAUUCCUGAUCUUUAUGAACCCUGACAAACCCCUAGAUCUUGUGACGAAAGGGUCCAUAUAUCGUUGUCAAAAGAAGACUGGAGUUGGACAUCCAGGAUUUUCAUAGAACUUAAGUGUGUUGGAAGCCCCUCCAGAGAUCAAUGGACAAGAAUUGGCAGGUGGAGGUGGGGAAGACCCAGGGGUGUGUGGGGAGGCUAUACAAUGUUGCCCCUUGGGGGAGCAUGGGGGGGGGGGAGCUGUGAUCACUGGAGAAGUAGUUAUAAGCUGCCCUUUGUUGCUUUUCUGUUUUAAAAGAAGAAGCAACUUUACUUUGGACUAAGCAGUGUGUAUUGCUUUUGGUUUCUUAGGCUUUGUAUAUUUCGACAGUUAUUUAGGGAAUUAGAAUUUUAAGGACAAAACAAAAUGAGCUUAUCAGAAAACCCAUGUGAAGUGAUAGUGCUGUGCCUUUUUGGGUUCAUUUUGAGACUCUUACGCUUUUUCUUUUUUCUUUCUCUGAAGUAGAAAAUAGCCCGUUUAUGUCCAUGCUGACGCCAAAGUCCCUUCAGAGCUCAAAUUCCACCAUGUGGAAUGCAGGUGUAAUGUUCUCCUUAAGUGUUUCUGACUUGUUCAUCAUUAGUAUAUCUGAAAUGUUAAAAAGUAUUACAGCAAUAUUUAGGAUCAAUAACUGUUGACUUGUUAACCACUUCAACAGGCAUCUGCUCUACCAAGCGUUUUUGCGAUGCAUGACACGCUGGCCACAAAACCAUAGGAAAGAAUACAGAGGAUCCCUUGAAUUUGUCACGUAAGAGGAUUUAGAUAAUAAUAAAAUGCCGUGACAGUGUUAGGAGAAGCACUACGGGUUACUGAGCAUCCUGCUGGGAGCAGAUGAAGUUUUAAGCACAACACAGAUUUGUUUUAAGCACAAAGAACAAUGGAUUAGCAAAGUUGAUCUGGCUGAAGACAAAUGUAGGCCUGGUUCUCACUGAGGGGCUCAACUGGCGCCUGAGCUGCACCACUUUGGGCUGCAGGUGUGGCAGUGCCCCAUCUGGGCCCUUCUGGGUGUGGGGCAGCAGAGGGAAGGCAGCUGCCAGGAAGCAGCUGGCAGUAGGACCUCUGCAGCAGCUACCACCUGUUUUCAAGAUAUUCAAAUGCUUUAAAGAAAAGAAGCACAAACCUCAAGCCCUCUCUCUCCCCAAGUUGCUGAAAUGGUGCCUUGUCAGGCUUCCCAGUUUUCAAAACAAAAGGUUCUCAAUGGAGAACUUCCAGUUCAGCCCAAAUUUGGAGGGGGCUUGUAAGAGGGAACAUUCCAUCCUGUGAGGCCCCCCCCCAGCCCUGCCCCCCACCUACAGUCUGAAAUGGUGCAGUCCAGCUUGGUGGUGAGAACUGUGCCUCUCUUCUUCAAGGGGAAGCUUUACCCCUCCCCUCCCAACCCAUUUUAGUCCAUGUGCCGCAUUCACACUGUGCAAUGCUUAAACUUCCCGUUUUAAUUGCCACACCAACUGUUUGCUCCUAGCUGCUGUCUUUGCCAUUAAUUCCCCCCCUGCCUCAGCCAACUCUCAGAGAAAUGAGUGACUUGGAGACAGGCUUUGAUUCAGCAAGGAGCUGUGUCCUGGAGAGACCUCUUGCCUUGUGGAAUUCCUGCCUGUGGACAAUCCUUGCUCUUAGGAACCGGACCUUGAGAGACGAGUCAGGAAUUAAUAACCUUCCAUUGACUUGUAAACUGCUGAAGCACGUUGACUAAGGUGCUUUUCCCGCAAGGAAAUCCUUUCCUGCUAUAUCCUAUGCACUUUGGGUGGGGAGGCGAGGUCAGCCAAGCUGACACCAACUGCCUUAUUUCCUUGUAAGCCCUUGAGACCUGCCCACCCAACUGCUAACCUCUUGCUUUAUUCAGUUUGCAUAUGGUGGUGGUGCUGUGAGCAAGCUCAAGUCAGCCAUUCCUCUCCCCUUUGCUCUGUGGAGAAGGCAACCUCAGCCUUUGGACCCUGUCCAACCCACAGAGGCUUUUCACCGGGGGCAUUGCAGCAACGGUCUAUGUUAGCCAAAACCUUGAUGGGCUGGACGCCACGUUCAGACCUUGCGUUGUCUACCCUACCCCCCCCCCCAAUGUUCUUAGUCUCCGGAGCUGUUCCCCACAAUAGGAGGAGGCUUUCAUUGUGCGUGGAAGAUAUAAGCACUGGUAUGUUGGUGGUCCUUGACUUAAUGCCCAGGAGAUUCGUGAGCUGGCAUCUCCUUUGCAAGAUGUUAUUCCGUGGCGACUGGGAGUAAGGUUUGUUAGGAUCCCAGCUCACGUCCUUGCAGAGGACAGCCGAAGAGCAGAGAUCCACCAAGGAAUAACGCAGUUUUGGCUUGCACAGCUUUUCCUUCUGCUGGGUGGGGCAGGGGCACCCAGAGCACAACCUGUAGCCAGCCUUAGGAGGUGGCUGUAGCUCGAUAUCCAGGUGCAGAGAAGUGAUAAGCAUCACUUUCCUUGGCAGUCGCUUUGUACCUCAGCAGAUGGGGCAGAAGUUCUGAAUGUUGAACUAUAUCAGGCAUAGCUAACCCCUUCUGCUUAACAGCUUGUGUUUCGGAACAUUUGUUGUCAUUUAUAUUACAGCAGAGGAAACCAUUUUUCUUAACCACAUAUCCUUAGCGCACUUGCCUGCCUUCCUCUCUCUCUCUCUCUCUCUCUCUCCCCCCCCUCCGUCUUUCUCUCUCUCUUAACUGCUCCUUCAGAAUAGCCGCUUCUGUCGAGUCUGCUGUUGAUGUCUGUUGUUAGAGGAUUUGUGUAUACUACUGUAUAACAAUUACUAGCUUUAUUAGUUUUAAUACAGGUUCCUUUGAAGAGACUUUGGUGAGAUGUACAUGGGGCGGGGCGGGGUUAAACAAAUUUUUCAUAUGGAGACAAGUGCAAUAUGUGCGUGUGGUACGUUCUUUAAUGUAUUUUUUUAAGAAGAGUUAAAAGGGUUUAGUCUUCGCUUUGGGAGAAAUGCACUAGUUUGGUCAGCGCCAGUUUUUGGCGCAUCCAUCUGUAGAAUCAACAUGCAGUUGGUAUGCUGGACUCUGUAAAAGCAAUUACCGUGUAUUAAUGCAAAAUAAAGAACAUGGACCUUC